AGAGGAAGUGAAGCGGAGAGGGAGGAGGCCGGCGGCUGCUGUGCACUCUAGUUGGAGAGAAAAGGCAGAGAGAGGAGGAGUGAGAGAGGAAAGAAGGGGAGUAUCCAGCCUCCUCUGACCCACUGUGCUACUGCAGCCCCCCGCCCUCUCUCUAGGAUUCUCUUUCUUUCUCUUUUUUCCCUUACUCAUCUGUUUCUCUGGCUGCUCUGAGAGGAAGGACACCUGCCGCUCCCAGAUGAUUCAGCCUUUCAGCAGCUUGGAGGACUUUAUAGAAGACAGCAUGUCCGUCCUGCCACUGCAGUGCCUGGCCAGCCUGUCCUUGAUGAUACAGUUACUGCAGCCGGCCCAUCACAUCGACACCGCCCCUUCUCCUUCCCCUGACAAAGUCUUCAGGUCGGCCACCUGCCUCGUGGAAAGCUGUCAGGCUGUCAGACUCUGAAGGGCAUUUCGCUCUGCCGUCCUCUGAGAUCUGUCCUCUGAUGUUGGAGAACCGAUCCCUGACUCCAGAGGCAGACCACGGUCGUGUGAUGCCCUGUUUUAAUGGUAGAAGCAUUCAGGGACACUUCAUCCAACAGUUCAUCAGGGAUGACUGAGGGAAUGGAGGACUACUCUCCUGAAACAGCCUCCCCCACUGGCCCUCCUCCUGAUACAGGACCAGUCCCAGAGGAGAAACCAGAGGAGACGGAGGCAGCUGGCGAGAGUGCGGAUGAGGGUGUAAAGGGAAUUACAGAGGAAGGCCGUGGCGACGGGGAGCAGGAGGGCGCUUUGGAGAUGGUGGCUCUGCCUGCGACCUGCUGCGUGUGCAUAGAGAUGGAGCAGAUCAACCGGUGCCUGCACUCCGAGAAGAUCUGCAUCCUGCCCAUCUUGGCCUGUCUGCUUAGCCUAGCUCUUUGCACAGCUGGACUCAAAUGGGUCUUUGUGGAUAAGAUCUUUGAGUACGAACCGCUAACUCAGUUAGACCCUAAACCCAUCGGACAGGACCCCAUCACUAUAUUGGUAAACCCCGCGCUAGGAAUCACUGUCUCACUUCCUCACUCCGCUCCCUCCACUGUCUCCCUGACAACCACCAUUGCCAUCACACCAGGAUAUCCGGAGGUCUACGAGAAAGACAGAUCUACAGCAAGGCCAUUUGUGCCUCAGUCUCCUCAAGUGACAUAUCCUACUGUGAGCCUGAAAUACGAUGGACAUUCUACGGUUCCAAAGCCGAGCUCCAACCCACAAACCACACAGGACUUCAACAAACUCAUACAAACUAUCUCUACCACCAGCACCUCCACUACAGCUAAGAGCUCCAGCCACAUAAUGCGCUGCAGUAACAGCCAGAAGACCUACUGCGUUAACGGAGGGGAAUGCUUCACGCUGGAAAUCAUGCCUGGCAGCACAAAGUUUCUAUGCAGGUGCUUGGCCGGAUUCACUGGGCACCGAUGUGAACAGGCUGUGCUUAAGAAAGUCUCAGACCCAAAACAAACCGAGGAGCUGUAUCAAAAGCGCAUUUUAACAAUAACAGGGAUCUGCAUAGCUCUGCUAAUUGUUGGAAUCAUGUGUGUGGUGGCCUACUGCAAAACUAACAAGCAAAGGAAGAAAUUACGAGACCGCCUGAGGCAAAGCCAAAAGAAAAAGAGAAAGAACAAUCCAAAUACUGCGAACGGCUCCGGUACAGAAAGCUCUGCUACAGGACGUCAGAACGUGCCUCUUCAAGAUUUGAAAAUUGUCAAUCCAUGUAAUGGUUCUGCAGGGCAGCAUGCAACUGAGGAGACAGAAACGACCUUUCCUUCCAGCAAAUAUGCAACUGCUAAUCAGCCCACCACACUCACCAACAUCUCCAGCCAAAGGUUUCAGCUGUCUCCAGACUCAAAGACAGCCCUGAGCACUCCCGCCUCUCCUCCGUCAGAGAUGUCCGCUCCACUAUCCAGCCUGGCCGUUUCUGUCCCCUCGGUGGCUCUGAGCCCCUCCCUUGAGGAGGAUCGUCCUCUGCUGCUGUCUAAGAAGAGUCAGCAGACCAUGUCCUCCAGACUGGCGGAUCAGAAGAGCAGCUUUUCCCACUACAACCACGGCCACGCGGCACACAGCUUACCGCCCAGCCCCGCCCUCCAUGCUAAGAACGUGACCUUCGGAACCCCGGGGGACCGAGACGCCGCCGCCAGCUACAGUUUCUCAGAGUUACCUGAGAAACUGACGAAUCGACUAGACAGCAGCAGGAAGUGCAUCAGCCAAAGAGCUGCGUGCCGCGUGCUGUGCUCCAUGGAGUCCAAUGACAGCAUGCUAUUCAGUGAAACGGACGAGCCUCAUGGCGGAGACGGACAUUUCCUCACUGCAGACAGCACCGCAGCCCUGUGGGACACGGGGAGCAGCAGGACUAACCCAGCAUCACCAAGCCACGCCCUGCACCUCCAACCUCACAACCCCAUCGCUGUGUAAAGAAAUACUCACCUCACAUCUACCUUCCACACGCUAACCGCUGCAUAAAGACAAAAAAAGGAAAAGAAACCUAUUUUAGUGAUGUAGUAAAUGAAGAGUUUUAUAAAAGAAGAAACAAUCUGAACAUAUUCAUGAGCUGCAGGUAAAGUGCCAUAUGCUAGAAUACAGCAAAGGUCCCAGAGCAGAAAAAUAUCAACGGUGCCUUUGUGUUUGGAGUGGCUGAGGUGGAGCAGCACUGCACACCGAGCUGUGGGCCGCCGCCCUGAUGUUAGGCCGGGGCCGGACGCAUGCCUUGAUCAAAUACUCAGCAUGUUGUACUUUGAUUUCCUGCUUUUUUUCCUUUGACAGGGUCGCUUCUUUCCUGCACUUGUCUGAUUGAUCCUCUGAGCCGGUUUAAAGCCAUGCAUCACUGAACAGCCACGCCUGGACUUAUACUCCUAAAACCUUCUGAAAUGGCUCAUUACCUGCAUUUGAUGGAAGAGAGAAAAUAUUAGCCACCAUGUUAUUUUUAUUGUUCACUAUCCGUCCCAGUAACCGGGCAUUGAAUAGAUAGAACUGUGAGAUUAAUGUGCAAUCACUGCUUUACUAAUGCGGUCACCGCUUUAGCUAACAUAAUCCUGUAGAUUUAUUUCAGUUCUGUAUCAGAUUUUAAUCUGUAUUAAAGUAAUUGUGCUGCUGCAGUUGGAGACGGCGCUCCUGCAGCCCUGGAGAUCCCCGUCCUCACAGGCUGGGUCCUUCAGAGGGACUGUAGAACACUACGGUAACGGCUGCAGCCUCCUAACUAAAGAGGAAGAUGCUUGCUCGGUUUUUUUUUAUGCUGACCUCCAGUGAAUCACCAGGGUGAAUACAGCUGCUAACAAAGAUCCGAAAGUGGUCAAAUGCACUGACUCUAUAUCUGUUUCAUGGUUCUACGUCUUCUAACCCUAAUGUCUUAAUCAGUCAUGUCAUAAUAUUUAUUUAUUUUUUUUUACAUUAACAAGUUUUCCUGGAACUGUAGGAAAAGUCAGUCUUUUAAUGAAGGCACAUGUUAAGCAGAUAGUGCUGUGAUUACCCAUAAUGCUAAGCUGCCUUAAGUCGUACCUUAUAGGCAUUCAAUAUCUGCACCUCACCUACUUUAAAAGACGUGUCUGCACUUCUGCUCUCAGAUGCUUGGGUUUGUGAUUUCUCUAUGUGGUGUCAUUGUUGAUGUAGUGAAAAAAAAACUAUCAAUAAAUAAAAACCGAUACUGGUUUAACUGGUUCUGUUAUUAGAACAUCAAAGGAUGUCUCCUGAUCUCCUUAACGGACCUCCCAGAAGAAGAAUCCUACAGUUUCUGGACCUCCUUAACAAUUAAAAAUUCUUCAAGAGAAACGGUAAUAUUUAAAAAAAAUUUGAUAUUUUUAGGGCAAAAGCGAGAAAACUAAUAAAAAACGUUUAGUUUUACACUGUAGCUGUCUGGCUUUUCAACUGUGUACAUAC